CGACGAGGCCGCCAGCUGAAGAGAGCUAAAGCGCGGCACUCUGACUCUUGGUGCCCGUCGGCUACUUGCUCGCGCCUUUGCUCCUCUCCACCACCUCGUCUUCUCGUGCCCCGUCCAGGCCAGCGGCUUCUUCUCUUUCACUCCACCAUCCCGCUCCGCCUGCCCGCCAUGGCGCCGCACAACGUCCUCAUCCUCGGCGGCAUGCAGCACCUGGCGCGCCCGCUGCUCGUCUGGCUCCUCGCGCUGCUGCACGGCAACGGCUCGGCGCCCGAGGCCAGCAGUGCCGCCGGCGCCGGCGCACAGCAGGCGCUGGGCAGCGUGCGUCUCGUCGACAAGUUCUUCGUCAGCUCAGAGGGCAGCAGCACCUUCGUCGACCCGCCCGUGCUCGCGGCGCUGAAGGACCCUCGGGUGGAGUACCGGCAAGCGAAUUUGACUAUCCCUGCGACGGCAGCAAGCGUCUUCGAGCCGGGGCCGAACGGGCCGUGGGACAUCGUGUUUGACCUGACAGGCGAGGGAGUGCUCUCAGCUGACGUGCCCGCGCAACUACUGCUCGAGCGCACUACCAAGCUGGCGGGCAUGCUCGCGGCCGAGGCGGCACGGCGAGGCGUCAAGGCAUACGUGCGCGACACGCCGCCAUUCUGGAAGAGCAAGAUGGACGAGGGCCUGAUCCGCGAGAGCACGAGCCCGGCACAGCGCUCAAUGCAGAAGGGUCCGCGUUCGUACUUCUGGUACGAGGCGGAGCGGGCAGUGGCGAACGUCGAGGACCUGCCGGUUGCGAUUCUGCGCUCGGCAGGCAUCUGGGGCCCGACACAGUACCAUGGAGAGCUGCCGCCACGCAUCGCCUUCGGAGAGAUCUAUCGCUCGCUGAAGGAGCCAGUAAAGAUCUUGUGGUCUGCCGAUCUGCGGCUGAACAGCCUGCACUCGACCGACUGGUGCUCGGCAGCCUGGGCGACGGCACAGUGGCUCGUGACGCGGUCGCGCGCCGAGGCCAACGAGCUCGCCGGCGAGCUGCUGCCGGCCGUGGCGCCCAAGGACAAGGGCAAGGGUCUGGGCGUCGACUGGAACAAGGACAUCGAGCUGUGCUGCCCGCGCGCCAAGACGCCCAAGGCGCCCGUGUUCAACGUCACCGACGGCCGCGACACGGACCAGGGCAAGCUGCUCGACGUCAUUGGCCGGCACUACAACGUCGAGACCGGCUUCGUCAACGCGGCCAUCAACGCGUGGGCAAGGCUGAACCUGGCCUCGGUCGUUGACGAGAUGAACGAGAAGCACAUGGAGGAGGCGACGAAGCUCAAGGCCAAUGCCGUGCCGCCCAUCACCUACACGCCCUUCACGCUCUUCCUCGACCAAGAAGCUGUGGCGCAGCGCUGCAUUGCGCUCGACAGCUCCAAGAUCGAGCGCGUGAUUGGCUGGACGCCGCGGCGCACCUUUGCGCCGCAAGGCGUACAGGAGAUGGUCGAGAGCUUCCAGAAGGCCGGGGUUUGGGGUCACUUUGAUUGAGCGAGCUUGCACAGAUCUGUCACUAAGCUGUGGGCCACGGGGCGCGAAUAAGAUUGACCGAGCGACGCGGCUGCUACGCCAGAUCCUUGACCUUGCCCAG